GCCAAACGAAAGUCGAGUUGGACAACAAAACUUACACCCUGUCUUUUAAACCAUGGAUGACAGAGUUGGAGUUGUGGGAAUGGAGAGAGGUAGCCAGGCACAGUUUCUUUUGGAUACGAUGUCAGCAGGUGCCAGUGGGCGCUCUCCCCCACUUGUCCAAAGCUGUGACAGACGCAUUUGGUCCAAUUUUGAAAACUUUUUCUGCGUUCAAAGACCCAUUGAAUACAUCAGGUUUGACUUGGAAUCGGCGGCACGCCUGAAAUAUAAGCGGUAUUUAGUAGUUGAUCUAGGAAGAUUAGGGUAUGUGGAGAUUGAGGUGGUGUGUGCAAACACGCCGUGGUGCCCGGUUUGCAGACAACACUUCCAUUCGGAAGACGAUCCUGACUGCCCGUCGAAAAACAAGAAAUCAUAUGCAGCAGUGGCAAAGCAGGUUCAGAAGCCCCCCCCAAAAAAAAGCAAGGGGAGCGAGAAGCAGGGUCCCCAGGGGGGAAAGGGUGGUGGUUCGGCAGUGGCAAAGGAGAAGAAUGGAGGAAAAGUGGAUAAUGAAGGAGGAUUGGGUGGGAAAGGUGGCGAAGGGAGUGGAGGGACAAAUGGGGGAGGGACAGACGGAGGAGGGACGAGUGGGAUGAGGGCUACUGAAGAGGAAAGGGAAAGGGAGAAGAGGGGAGAAGGGAAUGGUGGAUCAAAUGGGGGAGGGACUAGUGGGACGAGUGGCGAAGGGACAGAAGAAGGAGGGGAGAAAGGAGUAUCUAAGUCUCAGGGGGAGGAGGGGGGGAAAAAGAGUCAGGAAGAAUGGAAAAUAGUAGAUCGGGAGAAAGGAAAAGGCACAGAUUCGGAAGAAGGUAGAAAUAGCAAGACAGACCUUGAGAAAAGACAGCGGUCUUUGGAGUUAAAGAUAUCGGAUGAUAUGGAUGAAGAUCGUGUAGUAGUGAGAAGAAAAAGAAAACGGGAUGAAUCCCAUCACAGCGAGGAGGAUGUCUCUCCCGCCAAAGACGAAGAUAAGGACCGGAAAAAAGGUAAAGAGAUGGUACUAUACGAUGGUGACCAGGGUUGGUCUUCGAGAGCCUCUCUUCACUCCCCGUCCUGGUCCUCGUCAGAGGAAGAGGAGGACGAAGAGGAGGAGGACCAAGGUAAGUUAGUCCCCUUGUUUGGAGACUUAGAUCACCCCCUCCCCCCUCCCCCGCCCUUGGGGAAUACGAAAAGGUACAUUAAUGAUAUGUACGAUUUCAGAGAAGACAAAGAUCGAUCUCAGUUUGGGGAUAUUGACCAGCCUGUAAGCCCUUCGUCGCGGCUCCCAUCCUCGCCGUCGCAACAUGGAUAUGAGGACUGUGUUGACGACCAAGAUGGAAGCAGAGAUGAGUAUUACUCGGCUGGGGAUAGUUCCCCUGCCCUCCGUGAUUCCGAAAGUCCAGUAGCAAAGUCGAACUUCAUCUCUCCUGCGAAGAGGUCAAAGCCAAAUAUCAGAAAACCUACUGGUACCGGGGACUUGCUAGGAACAGGAAUGGUGCAGCAGGCAAACAAUUCCUCGGACGUUGCUAAGCCAGCGAAAAAUCGAAAGUCGAGGCAGUCCCUGUCCCUUGCUCUUCCAAUGCAGACAUUGUCGAAGGAAGACAAGGUGAACGGUACUGGGUGAAGCUGGUCGUGCCCAUUGUGUGCACACAAUCACCACACAGAAUAAUGUUUCUGACGCACAAGCAACAGGAUG